CCAGCCUUCUGCCAGCUGGGCCAGAGCAUAAAGCCUGGGACUGCACCUGGGGCAAUGAGCCCUGCACUGAAGAAGCCUCCUAGAGAGAUGUGCCGGGGCCGCGCAACAGACUAGAUCCAAGCCCCGAAGCUUACACCACCAGUUGUCCCCUCUCCCUCAACCCCUUCGCCCGCCUUUUCUGCACCCCAUCCCUUGAAACCUCGGAUCAGUGCCUGCGCCGCGCUCCGGAGAGCUCUGCUGGGGAAUAUCCCGGUGCCCAAAGGAGAGACGGGGCGGCCGUGCUAGAUGCAUGGGGGAGGGCUCCGGUUAAUGCAAGUUCUGGGCUCCUGCAGGGACCCCGACAACUGUCAGCAGCAACAACAGCUCGGGCCCUCCUCCUCUGCUUCCUCAGCGAUGCUUUUCCACAGUCUUUCCGGCUCGGAGAUGCACGGGGUCAUCGACGAGAUGGAUCGGAGAACCAAAAGCGAAGCACCGGCCAUCAGCUCGGCUAUAGACAGGGGAGAGACGGAAACGACCAUGCCUUCCAUCAGCAGUGACAGGGCUGCUCUGUGCGCCGGCUGCGGGGGUAAAAUAUCCGACCGUUAUUACCUCCUGGCUGUGGACAAACAGUGGCACAUGCGCUGCCUGAAAUGCUGUGAAUGUAAACUCAACCUGGAGUCCGAGCUCACCUGCUUCAGCAAGGACGGCAGCAUCUACUGCAAGGAGGACUAUUACAGGAGGUUUUCGGUCCAGAGAUGUGCGAGGUGUCACCUGGGGAUUUCUGCCUCCGAGAUGGUCAUGAGGGCCAGGGAUUUGGUAUAUCACUUAAACUGCUUCACUUGCACCACUUGCAACAAGAUGCUGACCACUGGCGAUCACUUUGGCAUGAAGGACAAUCUGGUGUACUGCCGCCUCCAUUUCGAGACUCUCAUCCAGGGGGAGUACCAGGUGCAUUUCAAUCACUCGGAUGUAGCCGCUGGGAAGGGCCCGGCUUUGGGAGCGGGCUCUGCCAACACUUUGGGACUGCCUUAUUACAAUGGCGUGGGGACUGUCCAGAAGGGGAGACCCAGGAAAAGAAAAAGCCCGGGGCCUGGAGCAGAUCUGGCAGCCUACAAUGCAGCUUUAAGUUGCAAUGAGAACGAUGGUGACCACCUGGACAGAGACCAGCAGUACCCCAGCAAUCAGAAAACAAAGCGCAUGAGGACGUCCUUCAAACACCACCAGCUGCGGACAAUGAAGUCAUACUUUGCUAUUAACCACAAUCCUGAUGCCAAGGACUUGAAACAGCUGGCUCAGAAAACUGGCCUCACCAAAAGAGUCCUUCAGGUUUGGUUUCAAAAUGCUCGAGCCAAAUUCAGACGGAACCUCUUACGUCAAGAAAACACAGGGGUGGAUAAGACUUCAGACUCAACACUCCAAGCAGGGACCCCAUCAGGUCCUGCCUCAGAAAUAUCCAAUGCCUCCAUGAGUCCAUCCAGCACUCCCACUACUUUAACAGACUUGACUAAUCCCACUAUGCCAACUGUGACGUCGGUCUUGACAUCAGUGCCCGGAAGUCUUGAGGUUCAUGAAUCUCGAAGUCCUUCACAGACAACUCUUACAAAUCUUUUCUGA